AUGGCCAAUACUGAUGUACUCGAUAUUUUAUCUGAUACAAUUCCAUCAACAAAUCGAGGAACAGCAAAUAAAGAUGAAAUUAUUCGUGAAAAAAAAAAAGGUCCAAAAAAAAGUAUUCGUCGACCAGAAGGCAUGAAACGUGAAGUAUGGAGUUUAAUUGCACAAGAUGAUCGUGAAAGUGUUCCAAUAGUUCCAACCGAUACAAAAUCUGGUGGUAAUUCUUAUGCUAAGUGGAUAAAACAUUCUGCAAUGAAAGUUCGUUCAUGGCAAUGGACACCAUUUACCAAUUCUGCACGUGGUCCGAAUGAUACAUUUAUUCUUUAUCAUUGGCAACAUAAACCAAAUCCUGAUGAUCCACCACAAGAAUAUUCAUUUGCAAAAUUUAAUAAACAUGUUGAUGUUCCAACAUAUACAGAUAGUGAAUAUGAACAAUAUUUACAAGAUAAAGAUUGGAGUCGAACUGAAACCGAUGUUUUAUUUGAUUUAUGUAGAAGAUUUGAAUUAAAAUUUUUAAUUAUUCAUGAUAGAUGGAAUAAUAUUUUAUAUCCUGAUAGAUCAGUUGAAGAUUUAAAAGAAAGAUAUUAUACAAUAUGUACAACUCUUGAAUAUGCUCGAACAAAACGUCAUACUGAUAAAUAUAAUUUUGAUGCUGCUCAUGAACGUCGACGGAAAGAACAAUUAAAUAAAUUAUUAAGUCGUACAAAAGCUGAAGAAGAAGAAGAAUUAUAUUUAAUGAAUGAAUUAAAACGUAUUGAAAAUGAACGUAAAGAACGUGAACGUAUUAUUUCACAAGAUGUUCAAAAAUUUGUUCAACAACAAGAUCAAAAUGUUUUAACAACAAAUAAUUCUAUACAACGUACUACUUCAUCAUCAUCAAGACGAUCAUCAAUUAAUCAAGAUUAUCUUCAACGUCUUAAUAGUUCAUCAAAUCGAACAUCAACAACACAAAGAAUUACAACAUGUGAACCACCAGUUGGAAUUAAAUUUCCUGAAUUUAAACGUCCCGGUGUUUUUCUACGUAGUCAACGUAUGAUAUUACCAUCAUCAAUACCAAAUAAAAAAUUAGCUGUUAUUGAUCAAGUUCUUAAACAAUGUCAAUUAGAAAGAAAUCCAAUGGCAUGCGAGGAAAUUGUUGAUGAAUUUAAUGAUUUACGUUCAGAUAUUAUUCUUUUAUUUGAUCUUAAAAAUGCAUUGAAUUCAGCUGAAUAUGAAUUACAAACAUCAUUACAUCGUUUAAAAAAUGAAAAUAGUUCGACAAAUGUUGGAAUAUCAUCAACACAGCCAUUGAGUGCUAGUAGUACUUCAUCAAAUGAUAUUUCAAAAACACAAUUUGAUUUCUUAUUAUCACAACCAAGUACACCAACUGAUAAUAUAACAUCACCAAGAUUAUCCGAUUCAUUUGAACCAACUAGUAAUGUUCGUUCAAGUACUAGUGAAAGAAAACGUCGGGCACUUUCGUCACAAACAUCAACGAUAAAAAAGCGUGAACGACAAUCAUAG